AUGGUGGUGAAGGGGCAAUCCCAAGUGCCAGAGCACCUCUGCUCAGGUGCGAGAGUUGCUAACCAGACAGACACACAGGCCCUGGCCGAGAAGGUGUCUCCUGGAGUGUCUUCAGGCCUCAAACAAGAACAAGACCUAACAGCUGCUGCAGACCCUGUCAGUGUGUUACCUGGAAGCCUGGGAAGAGGACACUGGUGUAACGAACACGAUACGAUCCACGAACGCUUAGAUAUUAUUGAAGAGAAGGUAAUAAAAACAGUGGAGCAUCUAGAAUCAGAGGUCAAAUCACUCCUCAACAUCAUCAGUGAGACAACAUCAAAUAUCCCCAUCGCUCCGGGAACCCCACUUAUAGACAUUUUUGAUGGUAAGUACUUAGUGGGAUAUAACCCAAAUUGA